AUGAUUUACUUUUGGUGUCUUUUUGCACAACAAAAUGUCAAAGAAUUAUCAGUAUUAUUAAUGUUUAUUGCUAUUUUCAACAAAGUGUAAAAAGUGGUAAAUGGUCUAUUUGUGUACAAGUUCCCCUGUUCAGGGUUCAUGUGGUGACAUUUUUAUAUUCUCUCCCCCCAGUGUUUUCAAAGAGAAGCAAAUCCUUCAGAAGGUUACCAGCGCAGAGCACCCAUUCCUGGUUUCCUUAUACGCCACAUUCCAGAGUGAGAAUCACCUCUUUUUUGUUAUGGAAUAUCUUCCUGGAGGUGAUCUGUGCCAUCUGCUCGAGCAUCAAGGAGCAUUUGAGGAAUCAAAAGCCAUGUUUUACACUGCCUGUAUAGUGCUCGGCCUGGAGGAAUUGCACCGGAACAAUAUUGUUCAUAGAGAUCUGAAACUGGAAAAUCUAAUGGUGGAUGUACAUGGCUAUCUGAAAAUCGUGGAUUUCGGCCUGAGCAAAGAUGGUUUCAGAUAUGGAGAUCGCAGUAAGACCCGGUGCGGAACAAACUGCUACAUGGCCCCAGAGAUCAUUGAUGAGAUGGCAUACAGCAGGGCCGUUGACUGGUGGGCCCUUGGGGUUGUGUUAUAUGUCAUGAUCAUGUUCCAGUUCCCAUUUGAUGCAGAAGAUGACAUGGAAUUAUUUGAGAGCAUCAGGAAUGACAAACCUGCCCUGACAGAGGAAUUGUCAGAGGAAGCUCAGUGCCUAAUACUAAGAUUACUGGAGAAGAAUCCAUGUCAUCGCCUCGGAUACAGCGAGGCCGGUGCUGAAGAGGUUAAAGCCCAUGAAUUCUUUGAAGAUAUUGAUUGGGAAGAAUUUCUUGAAAGAGAACUGAUGCCUCCAUUUAAACCAGAUGUCAGUGGCCUUACAGAGAGUACCAGGCAAUCUGAAUGCCAAGCCUGGGGAUUAAUGCCACCAGCUGAAGCGAUAUCACCAGAGGCACAAGAGCUAUUUGAAGGAUUCGACUAUUCAGCUGAGUGAGAGGCAAUUGCAAGGGGCAGAUAUAUGGCUGGAAAGGGCGGGUGGUGGGCCAGUCCAUAUACAAAUCAGAAGCCUCAAUGACUUAAAGUUAAUAUCAGAUGCCCCAAGUCAUCAGUUUCUGAAGGAACAGUCUAAUGGUGGCUCCAGAAUAUCUGUACAUCAGUCCUGAAGAGCAGAGUUCUGGACUGAGUUUGAAGAGACCCUGGCAUUUCAAAUACAAAGAGAUCCAAACAGCCUGACCUGAUUGUGAAGGAACAGCCUAAUGGUGGAACAGUAUCUGCAGGUGGCUCCAGAGUAUCUGUACAUCAGCCCUGAAGAGCAUUCAAGUCAUUCAAGUGUCACUGAGUGAGCUACAGACUGUUAGAAGGGGCAAAUAUAUGACUGAAACAGUGGGAGGAGCCACCAUAUAUCAGGUCUAGACUGAGAUUUAAAAGAGACCCUGGAAUUUCAAGCCAAACAGCCCCUUGUGGCAUUUGCCAGAAUCUACAGAUUGCCACUCUGGGCCUGCCCCAGAUACACAUGAGAAGCCUCAUCUGUACGAAAUGGAUAUCAGAUUCCCCGACAUCAACAAGUUGUGGAGGAACAGCCUAAUGGUGGAACAACAGUACCUGCAGGUGAGCCCACGUUCUUACAGAUAAACCCUUUAUAAGUUCAGUUACUAAAACACAAUAGUAGAUGCACAUGUUGAAUAAAAACAAAUAAUUGCACCAUUUAAAAAAAAAAAAAAAAUGUUUCCACAGCAAAAAUGUUGCAGAUUGUGUCGCCAUCUGUGUCAGACAAGAAAUAUCUACUACCAAGGUAAGAACCAACUCUCUUGUUUCACACCAAAUAUUUCAGGUCAGUCAGAAUGUAUUUUCAUAUUGGACCAACUUGUAUCUCAGGUUUAAUGGGCGUUUAGAUGAAAUUGCUGCUGUGUUUCUGUUUCUCAGGAGUGAGAUGGAGCGACUGCGGUCAAAGGAAAUCUCAUUGAGUUCUCCCCUGCGCUCUCCUAGGAACCCAGGACAGGAAGGAGCUGCUCUCAUAUAUUUCAAGUUUUUCAAAAUACAUUUUCUAUUAGAUCAACCUGGGUUAUAAUUAAAGGGGAACUACUGUAAAAAUUAAAAUUUAAUAUAAGUUUUAUCUUUUUACAUAUAAUAAGUAUGGUACUUGAAAUUACCAAGUUAUUCUUAACUAUCCCUCCAACUCCUGCAUGGAGAGAGACAGAUUGCUGAGAGGGGGAUAGAGAAGAAGACUUUGAUUUGUCAGAAACUGUUAAUAUUUGAAGUUAAUUACAUUUAAAAAGUUUCUUAUUACAAAAAGUGGAACCUGAUAUUUCAUUUUUACAAUAGUUCCCCUUAUUGACCAUUUAUAUGUAAUUCUUGCUGUUUGUUUCCAGGUAUGGGACGGAGCAGCUGCAGGGAAAGGAAAUCUCAUGUAACUCCCUACUGAGCUCUCUGAGGAACCUCGGCCAGGAAGAAGCCAUUGCUGCCGAGCUCCACCAGGCGUCUCAUCUGCAACCCAAUCCAGAAAUGGGGAGAAAUGACAGGAUGUGCUGAAGAGCCAUGCCACCGGAUUGAUAUGAGAAGUAAUCUAUGGGUGAUGCUGCAUUCACCGGCUGCCCUAUCCUGAUGGACCUGCGCAAAUGUCCCUUUUGCCUAUUUAUUACACCUAAAUUUAUAUUUGAUGAUAUAAGAACAAUGUAAUUUGUAAAAAUAAAAAAAGAACUGUUUUUGAA